AUGAAACGACGCGCUCAUGAGUUUUGUGGCCGCGCGCAGCUGGAGAGCGACGACCCGCCGUCGGCCGGCGUGUGGGCGCACCGCGCCGUGCUGGCGGCCGCGUCGCCGUACUUCCUCGCCAUGUUCACGCAGUUCGGCGAGCGCACGCAGGCCUCCGUCACCAUACAGAACAUCGAUCCUGAAGCCUUAGAAGCCAUCAUCGAGUACAUAUACACGCCCGAGUCGCUCGUGAUCACCGAGGACAACGUGCAGAGCCUGCUGUCGGGCGCGUCGCUGGUGCAGGUGUGCGGCGUGCGCGCGGCGUGCUGCGGCUUCCUGGCGGCGGCGCUGGCGCCCGACAACGCGCUGGGCAUCCGCGCCUUCGCCGAGCUGCACGCCUGCGCCGAGCUGGCCCGCGCCGCCGCGCGCUACAUCGACGCGCACGCGCAGCACGUGCUCGAGGCCGACGAGUUCCUGGCGCUGGCGCCCGACGCGCUGUGCCAGCUGCUCGACAGCGACCGCAUCACGGUGCCGAAUGAAGAAGUGAUUCUAGAUGCCGUCAUACGCUGGAUGCAACACGACGCAGAGGAGCGCGCGGCGCAGCUGGGCGCGGUGCUGGAGCACGUGCGGCUGCCGCUGCUGGCGCAGGACGAGCUGGUGGCGCGCGCCGCCGCCGAGCCGCUCGUCAGCGCCGGCAUCCGCGUCAAGGACCUGGUGAUCGAGGCGCUGUCGUUCCACCUGCUGCGCGGCGAGCGGCGCGCGGCGGCGGCGGCCGGCAUGCGGCGCGCGCGUCCCCGGGCCGGUGCCCGCGCUGCCGGCGCCAUGGCGCUGCUCGUCGUCGGCGGGCAGGCGCCCAAGGCGAUCCGCGACGUGGAGGCGUACCACAUGGGCUGCGGGCGCUGGCGCGGCGUGGCGUGCCUGCCGGCGCGGCGCUGCCGGGCGGGGCUGGCGCGCGUGGGCGGCCGCGUGUGGGCCGUGGGCGGCUUCAACGGGACGCUGCGCGUGCGCUCCGUCGACGUGUACGACGUGGCCGCCGACAGCUGGGCGCCCGGCCCGCCGCUGGCCGCGCGCCGCUCCACGCUGGGCGUGGCCGUCGUCGGCUCCGUGAUCUACGCCGUGGGCGGCUUCGACGGCGUCACGGGGCUGAGCUCGGCCGAGGCGCUGGACACGGCGGCGGAGGGCGCGGGCGAGGCCGCCUGGCGCGCCAUCGCGCCCAUGUCCACGCGCCGCUCGUCCGUGGGCGUGGCCGUGCUGGACGGCCGCCUGUACGCCGUGGGCGGCUACGACGGCGCCUCGCGCCAGUGUCUGCAGACCGUCGAGAGGUACGACCCGGCGCGCGACGCGUGGGAGGCGUGCCCCGAGAUGAGCGCGCGGCGCUCGGGCGCGGGCGUGGGCGCGGUGGGCGGCGCGCUGUACGCGGUGGGCGGCCACGACGGGCCGGCCGUGCGCCGCUCCGUGGAGCGCUACCGGCCCGACGCGGGCGGCUGGGCGCCGGCGCCGCCCAUGCACACGGCGCGCCGCAACGCCGCCGUCGUGGCGCACAAGGGCAAGCUGUACGUGGUGGGCGGCGACGACGGCGCGGCCAACCUGGACUCGGUGGAGGUGUUCGACCCGGCGGCCGAGGCGUGGACGCUGCUGGGCGAGCGCAUGUCGGUGGGCCGCUCGUACGCCGGCGUGUGCGUGGUGGAGUGGGGCGCCUGAUG